CGCCCAUGUCGCCCAUAUCAAAAACCGCUACUGUGUGGUUCAAAAUUCGUUGCAGGUACUUUUUAUGAGGGAAUUCUUGGCCUAUGUCAAAACUGGCCUAAACCACGUUGUCAAAGCAUGACACGUGAACAGCAUUCCCAGUCCUGUCCUGAAGCCAGCCCUCCAGUCCAGCAGGUGUCGGCCAUGUUUCAACGCUCGCCAACAGCCGCGAAACUUCUCAACGAAGAAGUAACGAGCUAGUAUGCUAGCCUAGCUGCAGAAAUCAUUUAGCAAAAAAUAUGGCUGCUGUGCUCCCCGUCAGGCCGCCCUGCGAUAGCAACCCCGCUACCCCCGGAGCACAAUCCAUAAAGGUGACAUUUGAGGAUGUCAUAGAAGAAGUGUCCAAUGAUGGCAGCCAACCUCCCAAGAGAAGGAGAAUGGGCUCAGGGGACAGCUCUCGAAGCUGUGAUACCUCAAGUCAAGAUCUUGGUCCGACGUAUUUCCCAGCAGAAAACCUGACGGAAUACAAAUGGCCACCAGACGAUACAGGAGAGUACUAUAUGCUGCAGGAGCAGGUCAGCGAGUAUCUGGGAGUCACGUCGUUCAAGAGGAAGUAUCCUGAUAUGGAGAGGAGAGACUUGUCCCACAAAGAGAAGCUCUACCUUCGUGAACAGAAUGUCAUCACUGAGACACAAUGCACUCUGGGUUUGACAGCUCUGAGGAGUGAUGAGGUGAUCGAUCUGAUGAUAAAGGAAUAUCCCACCAAACAUUCAGAGUAUUCUGUCAUACUGCAGGAGAGGGAGCGACAGAGAAUAGCAAAAGAGUACUCCCAAAUGCAACAGCAGAACCCUCAGAAGGUGGAGGCCAGCAAAGUCCCAGAGUACAUAAAGAAGGCAGCAAAAAAAGCUGCCGAGUUCAACAGUAACUUCAACAGGGAGCGCAUGGAAGAGAGGAGAGCUUACUUUGACCUCCAGACACAUAUCAUCCAGGUGCCCCAGGGCAGGUUUAAGGUGCUGGCUCCAGAGCUAACCAGGACAGGGCCCUACCCUGUGGCUCUCAUACCAGGACAGUUCCAAGACUAUUACAAAAAAUACUCUCCCAAUGAGCUGCGGUACUUGCCGCUGAACACAGCUCUGUUCGAACCUCCACUGGAUCCAGAACUUCCUGCGCCGGACUCAGAGCCUGACUCCGACGACGCUGAGGAUGGCAAGGAUGACAAGAAGAUCAAGAACUCAUCUGACAGUUCUUCCGGCAACACAUCUGAUGUGGAGAGCCAGGAGGGCGGGGGCGGACAGAGCCACAAGUCCAAGGCCAAAGACAGGACAUCAACAACGGGAAAAGACGGCAGCCAGCGCCACUCUGCGUCCCAGAAAGCCACCGCAGGGUACAAGCCUAAGGUCAUUCCCAGUGAUAUAUGUGGCAUUUGCCAGAAGGGUAAAGAGGCCAACAAGAAAGGCAAGCCAGAGGCUCUCAUUCACUGCUCCGAGUGUGAAAACAGCGGGCACCCGUCCUGCUUGGACAUGAGCGAGGAGCUGGUGAGCAUGAUCCAGACGUACCGCUGGCAGUGCAUGGAGUGUAAGACCUGCACCGUGUGCCAGCAGCCCCACCACGAGGACGAGAUGAUGUUCUGCGACAUGUGCGAUCGAGGAUAUCACACCUUCUGCGUAGGCAUGGAUUCCAUACCUACAGGUCUUUGGAUAUGUGAAGUUUGCGACAAAAAUUUCACCACGCCCAAGAAGAAAGGAGGAGCUAAAACACCCAAAAAGAACAAGUCAGCUCAGAAAUGAUCAGCAGUUCCAUCAAUCAUAACAAUCACGUUAUCACAUUCUAGACAAAUGCACUGCCAUUACAUGCUGUGGAACUGGAAAAUGACAGAUAAGUGUUUGGCCCAACAGCUUUGACGGAAAAAGAUAAAUGCACAGUUUGUGAUCCAUUUAAAAAAAAAAAAAAAAAAAAAAGCAAACACAGUAGUGAAGCUUCCUUCCAAAUAUUAAAAAAAUCCAAACUGAAUUUUUAACGUGCUGUUGCAGUUUGGCGUGUCUUUAAUAUACAGGCUAAGACUUUUUUGCUACAGGCCUAUAAUUUAAAACAUAAUUAAUUCCCAUCAAUAAACAAGAUCUGUGCAUUACGGUUUUAUUAACUUAUGUAUGUGUCCACCUUAGGGAUUAUCUUCAACAGAGCAGCUCGGGAGAAUGACCUCCACAUACAUAAAUAAUGUAGAAGCUAAACUGGAACUCUGAUCCAUCCAGAUUUGCUGCACUGAAUCCUUUGA